UUCUGUUCAUCUUCUCUUGUCAUAUUCUCAUGACUUGUUGCCAUUGGAAAAUUUAUUUAAUUCGUGCAGGCCUUUGAAAGAUUGAAAGUUCUGUCAUUUCUUGUAGUGGAAACAAAGAGUACCCCUGAUUUCACGAAUAUGCCUAGCUUGGUGGAAUUGCAAUUUCUAGAUUGCUUUGCAUUAACUACAAUUGAUGAAUCAAUCGGAAAACUCAAGAACUUGACACAUUUAAGAAUUAUCCGCUGUAGGCUUCUACUGAAACUACCGGGUUCCAUUUGCCAAUUGCAUUCUCUUGAAACUCUUGAUCUUCAAGGUUGUUUUGGUUUGACUUCUUUGCCAGAGCGAUUGGGAGAGCUGGGAUCACUCAAGAAGCUUGAUCUCAGUUGGACAAGUAUAAAGAAGGUACCUUGUUCACUUAAAAACUUGCAUGAGAUGCUUAUGUACGGCUGUCAAAGUCUAUCGAGGUUACCUGAUUCCAUUUGCCGGUUAAGUUCUCUUGAAAUGCUUGGUUUGAAAGGGUGUAGUCAACUUUGUUCUGUACCAGAAGGCUUAGGGUACAUGAAGUCAUUAAAGAAAAUUGACCUUUCUAGGACAAGCAUUGAGGUCAUACCUGAUUCUAUUGGACAGCUUACCGACCUUGUUGAGCUAUCUUUAUGUAACUCAACAGGCUUGGAUAGCUUACCUGAUUCCAUUUGCCAGCUAAAGUUGUUGAAAUCACUUGACCUUAGUGGGUGUCUGUCUCUCUGCUCUUUGCCAGAAAGACUAGGGGACUUGGAGAAACUGGAGGAGAUUAUUCUUGACAAUACCAUAAUAGAGGUCUUACCUGAUUCAGUUGGGCAGCUCAAAAGCCUUCGCCUACUAUCUUUGCAGGGUUGCAAGUUCCUGAAAGCAUUACCUAUUUCCAUGAGACACUUGAUCUCCAUACAACAGCUGAAAAUGUCUGGAACCGGUUUAAUGACCUCUGAGAAUGACUUUCCACAUCUUGCAGCAGUUAAUAUUAUUGAAUUGACAAGUUCAUCUUCGGAGUUGCUUGGAUUGUGCAACCAAUCUUACAAAGCCCUAGAAAUUCUUCACUUGAAGGAUGCUAUAAUUGAAGAGUUGCCCGAUUGUGUUGGAAAGAUGGAAAACCUCAAGGAGCUGCGACUAGAAUGUGAAAUGCUGAAAGAAUUGCCCAAUCAGAUUGAGGGGUACUUGGAAAAUCUUACUCAAUUAGUAGUCAAGAGCAUGCAUAUAAAAGCUCUGCCUGACUGCAUUGGGUUGCUCAAGCAACUUAGUCGGUUGAGUCUGAAAUGUGAGAAUCUCAAAGCUUUACCCAACUCGAUUGGGUCACUGAAACAGAUGCGGAAGUUGAAAUUGAACUGUGUGAACCUCGAAGCUCUACCCAACUCGAUUGGACAUUUGAAGAAACUUGCAGAAUUUGAGGUGUGGUCUAACAGUCUUGAAGCUCUACCUGAUUCCAUUGGGUCAUUGAAAUGUGUUUGGAGAUUAAAAUUGAAGUGCCCAAACCUCGAGAUUCUACCAGAUUAUAUUGGAGAAUUAGAAAGUCUUGAACAAUUUGAAGUGGAUUCCCAUCGCCUCAAAUAUUUGCCCAAUUCUAUUGGGUCUCUAACAAGGAUUUGGUUCUUGAUCCUAAACUGCACGAACCUUGAAGAUUUGCCUAACUCUAUGGAAAGAUUACAAAGUCUUGGAAGUUUACAUUUACAUUCUGACAAUUUUACAGCUCCACCUGAUUUCAUUGGACGAUUGGAAAAUCUUGUGACCUUCUCGUUCAACAGCAAAAAAUUAAAAUACUUGGAUGCAGCAAUUUUUGAGUCAUUGGGAAGACUUCUUCAUUUAUCGCUUAGUGGUUGCAAGAACCUGGAAGUUUUGAUAGCUGCCUCUAUUCGACAAACAGAUUUUGCUCGCCUCUCAUCCUUAAAGUAUCUUGAUUUGAAAGACUGUGAAGGGCGUGAGUACCUUCCUCAGCUUCCCUCUUCUCUACACUCGCUUGAUGCUUCUGGAUGCACCAAUUUGAGAAAAAUAUCAGAUAUUUCAAACUUGAAAACUUUGUACAAGUUGUGUUUGGGUGGUUGUAAGUUGCUUGAAGAUGUGCCUGGCCUCGAAAAUAUUUCAAGCAACUUGGAAGAGCUGGAACUGCCUGGCCCUUGUGAUUUCACAGGGUGUUGCCACUUUAAUCAUGAUUUCAAAAACAAAGUGUUCAAGGAGAUAACUUUUGAAAACUUGGAAAGGUUGAAGAUAUCAGGGUCUUUAGUGCCAGGGUCAGCAAAAGGACAACAGCAGCUGCAAUUUAUACUCCCGAGGUUGCCAUUUAGUUGGUUGAGAGGAGCACGGCUGAAGUUGGGCCUGGACAAGGUCCUCUCCCCCAUCUGCUUAGCAAUAAUUGCCGAUGACGUUACUGUGUUUGAGAAAAUUGCGGAAGUCGACGGUGAUAAAGUCGAAUUGAAUUUGGGGGCAGAGAGCAUUGUGAAGACAGGGGAGGGAGCACAUUGCUAUACAAUGCAGGUGACAAUGGAUGUGUCCCAACUGCAAAAUGUAUUUGUACUUCUUACAAUUCGGAGUUCGACUAGUUUAACAUUUCAAGCAUACAUUUAAAUUCAUGCUCAACUUGUUUAUAAACGAGUCAAAUUCGAACCUAGCUUUGACAAGCUAAGUCCAGGUUGAGCUGGCUUGAGUUGUUGUGCGGCCCUAUUGAAUAUGAACUUCUUGAUUUUUUUAC